UUUGAAAAUCCUUCAGCCAUUUCUGGCAUCCAAAACAAAUGGUGUCGACCUGGAUCUAUGUGCCGCUUCGCCCGCACCGUACGUCAUAGAGGACUCGAUGAUACAGUUAUUCUAAAGAUACGUUCGUCUUGCAGUAAAACGCCCGCUCGAAAGAUACGAGGCACGUCCUCGCGGCAAGGCAGAGCGAUCAAUGGUUCUCAAGUCGAUUCUCCCUCAAAGUUUUGAAAACGUCCAGGAAGCCGUCAGAUGGUUGGAUCUUAUCCACAAUGCAAUAUUUUUCUCUUCAAGGGAAAACCCCUACGGGGAAGGUAGCGAUCCAGUCUCGGAUAACAGAUGGCGAAGAGAGCAGCUGCUCUUCCUAGGAAUCCUCGACGGUUGGGCCGCUGCGCUUUUGCCCUUGCUAAGGAGAGAAAAUCACCCAAGAUGCGGCGCCCCGAAAAAGACUAUACUCAUAACAUCACUAAAGAUACAGUGGAACAAUACGUACAUAUUUGUCUACACCUCACAUUAUCACGACUACCAAGGGCUUCGAGAAAUGGAGCCAAGAUUCAGAGACAUCGUGGAUCUGGCAACAACUAUAGUAGAUUCACCAGAUCAAGCAUACCGAGUCACGCCGUUAAGCAUAUCCGGUGUUGUUCUUUCUCUUUUCGUGGUAGCCAAUAAGUGCCGCGAUGCUUGAAUACGGGCGUCAGCUGAAGAGGUAUUGAAAAGGAUAAAUCAUCGGGCCGAUGGGCUUUGGGACAGCCGUGCAGCUUUGGCUCUUGUCCGACGGGCAAGGGAAACAGAGGAUACGUGUGCUUCGCAGCUUACCGACCCUGAGGAGGUAUGGAACCUGGUCCGUAAUCGAUACAUUAUCUUCAAUGAUCGGCAAAACCAAGCCACCGUGGGAUCUCAACGGCAAAUUGGUUUAUCGAGAGGAGGUAGUUCAUCGGUGACUUGGCCAAUCCUCACUCCUCUCAAUCGACUGUCUUCUAGUUUGCCACGUCUGAC